AUGGAGCCUUGCCCCAAGGGAGACACGGUGGGACAUGGUAGCCAGUUUGAGAAACGUGUAACCCGCAAGGUCGACAUGCGCCUGUUACCUCUGUGCGCCUUUGCCUACCUGCUCAACUACCUUGACCGAUCAAACUUGGGCAAUGGCAAGAUCCUCAACCAAGAGACUGGGGACUCGUUGCUUCAGAAGACUGGCAUGAACUCGGCCCAUUACUCCAUUGUUCUCACCGUCUUCGGUGUGGCAUACACGGUCUUUGAUAUCCCGGCCAACUGGGUGAUGAAGCGGUACGUCCGCCCGUCACGGUGGCUUGGCCUUCUCAUGUUCCUAUGGGGGGUUGUUACUCUGGGGUUCGGCUGGGUCCGGAACUUCACCACCGUCCUAGUCCUGCGCUUCUUCAUCGGUGUCUUUGAGGCUGGCUUUUUCCCAGGCAUCGUGUACUUGAUCACCUUUUGGUAUGCAACGAACCAGCGGUCUCUCCGCAUUGCCUUCGUGCUCGCAUCGGCGACUCUUGCUGGAGCCUUUGGGGGCUGCAUCGGCUACGGCGUCGGGCACUUGAACGGUGACGGCGGCCUCGAGGGCUUCCGAUGGCUUUUUAUUAUCGAGGGUGCCUUGACCAUCACCUCUGUUCCUCUGGUGGUGGCAUUCUUGCCCAAUUGGCCGGCCGUGACGACCUGGCUCGACAAUGACGAGAAGAGAUACAUCAUCAGUCGUGUCGAGGAGGGAGCGGGCGGGUUCACUCGGGAGAAGGCGAGCCGACGAGAGAUUCUAGAGACUUGUUUCGCUCCACGUAUGGUGGCCCAUUAUCUGGCCUAUUUGGCCAACGCUGUUGUCCUAAACUCGCUCGCCUAUUUCACCCCUACUAUCGUGGCCAAUCUCGGAUACAAGUCCAUCACGGCUCAGCUCAUGACGGUACCUCCCUGGGUCGUGGGCUACGUCGUCUCAUUAGGCCUGGCCUACUCGUCUGACCGUUUCAACGCCCGUGGUUUACACAUUGCUGGGGCAGCCUUUGUGAGUGGCGUAGGAUUCCUCGCCUGCACCCUGCUCCCCGCAGACGCUUACUCUGAGCGCUACGGGUGUCUCUUUCUCAUCGCCUGCGGAGCCUUCCCUAGCGCUGCCCCCAUGGUCGGCUGGGUUACAUGCAACGUUCCAAGCAAGAGAACCAUGGGACUUGCCGCGGCCAUGAACAAUGGAACAGUGGGAAUCGCAUCUAUCAUCUCGGUUUGGAUUUGGCCGGCCAAGGAUGCGGCGAGCGGAUUCCCUACGGGAAACAUCGUGUGCUCGGCUGCUGGAUUCCUCACCGCGGCCCUGAUGCUGGGGCUCAGAUUUUGCUACGGCAGGAUGAAUAAGAAUGGUGAGCUGGACGCCAGUGGGGUGCAACGAGUUUGGGCAUACUAG